GUGAGUCGCCGAGUUGUACGUAUGUUCUGCACGAAUUUUGUUUGUGUUCCUCCCGAUUCCCGAUCUGUUCAGUGCAACAUUUUGUGCAACAAAAGGACAAAAGAGGUUUUUGCAUAUUGGAUCCUGCUCAUAGGUAUCUCAGGGAAAUUUUUUCCUGAUGGAGAAGAAUAAUCGGAGUCGGGGCAAAGGAUGUGAGGCUCCGGAAGCAAAAGUACCUCGUCGAUACAGGACAAUCCAACCCAAUGCCCUCAGCAGUCACCGAAUGCACAGAGUGGAUGAUAUGCACAGAGCCAUCAUGAAUGUGGACUUCUCUACUAUUGAGAAACUUUUGAGCCAAGGUGAAAUCUUCUGCACUGGUGACUUCAUUCUAGCUGCAUGUAAUCCAACACCGCCUAGGGGAUGUUUUGAAACUUGUUGGGAACUUGUGUGCAAAAUGCUGAGCAAAGAUCCCCAAGCCGGAUUGUCUGCAAGGAGCGCAGACAGUUCAACCUUGCUGAUGAUUUAUGCAAAUUGCGUUGAAAAAAUUGAAUUCCUGGUAAAUUUGGGUGCAAAUGUGAAUGAUGUGGACAACGAUGGAGACACGGUUUUGAUGAGAUCUUACAUGCACCCCCGUCCAAACUCUAGAGCAUUCUUGAGGUUGUUGGAACUUGGUGCCAACCCAAAUGUACCGGCAGGGAACAAGUACCCCAACAUCAUCUCGUUCAUGGUUUUACAUGAGAAUGAAAAUGCAGAAUUUCCCACAAAUAUUGAGUCUCAAAACUGCUUCAAGUACAUUAUUCAGCCAGAGUAUUUUGGAAAAAUUGAAGAAUCACAAUUUGAAAAGAUGAACCCAAUAUUUGAUUUCAUUGAUAUGUGCUUCAAAAUGAAUGGCAGAAUUUCUGAUGAAAUGAACAAUAUUCUAAAAGACGAGAAUUUUCCCAAGUUCAACAAGACAAUCACAAGAAAGGGAAGUUGGGGUUCAAUUAUUGGAGGCAGCUGGCAAGACAAUGAAUGGAUCGUUUUGAAGCAGGCGCUGAAUAUUCCGGAUGAAUUCUUAUUGGAUCCGCUGAGCUACUAUCUCCUCCAGAUAGACCUUUGUACCGCCUGGAAUACUCUCCAAGACAUGAAAAUUCAAAUUGGAGUAUUUCGUGACCUCGGAUGUCUUGCUACAAACAAUAAAAACGUUUUGCCUCCAAGUUUGGCACUCGUCUACAAUGCAAUUCAGUCUUGUCAGUUCAAGACAAACGAUCACAACAACUACAAUGGAAAUUUACGUAGUCUCUCUGCAAUUUUGUGUGCAUUUUGCAUUGAAGAUGAGACUGCUCGCCUCAGUGGCUCCUGGUUCCAAGUGGUAACCUUGCUGGGACCUUUUCUGGCGUUCAUGCCACAUACCAUGGAUCUGACAAAAUUUGCCCAGCAUAUUAUGUCGGAGAUCCCAGAAAACCCCUUUGACGUUAUCAAUCAAAUGAUGAUUAAUAUGCGUAUGAUGUUUUCACGCUCUCAGAGCAAAUGCAACUUUUACAUCCAAAAUUUCUGUAGCAGGCCACUGCCUCUUAUUUUGAAAACAUUCCUUGGACCAAACUGCACCUUGUCAUGGGACAAAUUGCUGCAUAAAAAGUUGGAUGAGAAAAUUUUCAGCAAAACCUUGGAUUUGCUAGAAGAAAAGGACGUCCCCACUGAAGAGAAAAAGAAAGCAAGCGUUCUAGGAAAGGUCCAAACACUUGGAAAUCUGAGUCUUUGGUGUGUCAGAAGAAGAUUGUCCGAGUGUCGCAAUGAGGGCCAAAAGCUUAGUGAAUGCAUUUCCAAGUUAGUCAACAGCACACCACUUCCCAGAAACCUCCAAAACGAGCUGCUGCUUUUCAAGUGAAGAAUGUUCUUCAUGUUGUGCUAUAGUAAAAAUGUAACAGGUUCUAUAAUUGAAAUGCUAAAGUUUUCUGUGCAUAAAAAUUUGGCAAACAUAAGUAAAAGAUAUUGAGUUGAUACAGACACUUUAAAUUGUGAUGCGCAUUAAUAUGAUUCAACAAAAAUAACUACUACAAUUUUAACUUAUAAAAGGAUGGCUCUAUUGUGGUGGCUGGUGCACUCUCAUCCCAAAAGAAAGUGCUUUAGCAAGUUGUUUGCUUGCUAAAAGCCAAUUUUCCGCAUUCUUUCUCACAUUUAUUUUUUGAUAUGUUGUAUUAAUCACUAUUUUUUUUAUUAUGUAAUUUUGGUACUUUCAGCAUAUUGUACGUCAAUGAUCGAUUCCUGUUUUUUCCGGCAUUUUUUGUAUGUGCGUACUUUUUUGCAAUGUAAUGUUAACCAUGAAUGAAGAAUAAAUAAAUAAAUUUGUAUGUGCUAUUUAGGGCUUUAAAUAUGGAUUCUAUGAUUCUAAAAGUGCACAAGAAUGUAAUUUUACUUUCUUCUAUUUGAUUAAGAUUAACGCCAGCCUUGCAUUUUAGGGUCAUAUAUAUUAUAAUUUAAUGACCAUAGACCCAGACACCAUGCAAAUAGCUAAACUGACUCUUAUAUCAACCAUUUUUAUUGGCCAAGUGGCAAAGAAAUUUAAAAAUUUGGUGAGAGGCCGGAGCGAUAAGUUUGCUAUAAGAGCGGAAAAGUGAGAGCGCGCCCCAAGUCUGAUAAAAUUAGAAUAAAAUUAUCUUUACCUUUCUUAAUUUUGAAUUCCUCACAAUUUCUGACAAAUAAAAUAAAAAAUGAUUUCUGAUUAUGGUUACUUGCAUAAUACAAAUUUCAAAAUUUCUGAUAAAUACUGCUUUCUCAAUCAAUGCUGAACACCAUUUCCAGAAUUUGGGCCACCCCCCUGCGGAACAAUGGGCCGUAUACCCAUUAUUAU